AUUGAUGAAGAUGAUUACUAUGAAAAGUCAGCCGAGUUCAGACUGUGGUUAAGAGAGCAUAAAGAUGUAUAUUUCACAGACUUGAGUUCAAAAGAGGCAAGACGAUACUUUAAAAAAUUCGUCAAGAGGUGGAAUAGACAUGAAUUAGAAGACAAGUACUAUAAAGGCAUGAAUUCUUCACAGCUUGAGUCAUCGGAUACAACAAAUUACAAGUGGUCAUUUGCUAAAAAAUUGGACAAGUUUGAGAUGGAUAGCGUACGUGAUUCAGUGGACAGUAUGACGGGUCAGAGU